AAAAGAAAAUUCAGAAACCAGGAGAAAAUCUCAAAAACCAGCUCCUGUUACCAGGAGAAUUUUUAACCAGGACAAAAGUAAAAAAACCAGGAGGUUUGGCAGCCCUGGUCCGAAGGUUCUCUAUCACGGUCUGUGAUUGGUAUGAAUUUUCUCUGUCACAGUCUGUGGGGGAGGGGGCGGGGGAAGUGCGUCCAAAAUUUCUACCCUAUACACCUCAACACUCCUUUCAGAUCGUGUUUCACAAAAAAUGCUAGAUUACUUAAAUAUAAAACAAAUUAAUGGUUUAAAAAUUGAAACUAUUAUUCUUUUGUGUUGAUUCAUUGUACAAAAUAAUUAUUUUUCUUAUAAUGGUAAAUGUUAUUAUCUAGUACGUGGUAGUGCUACGAACUCUCCAUUAACAUUAACAGUUGCUAAUUGUUAUAUGUUUUUUUUUGAACAAGAUAUCAUAAAACAAAUUAACAAUGGUGAUAGAUUGUAUUUCCGAUAUAUUGAUGAUAUAUUUAUUACGAUUAAUUGGCCUACUCAACAUUUAUUGAAAGAAAUUUAUCGAUGGAAUAAAUUUGAUUCAAGCAUUAAAUUAGAAGCACAAGUUGGUUAUUCAACAAAUUUUCUUGAUUUAUAUAUAGAAAAUAAAAAUGACGAAUUAUUUACAGAAGUUUAUCAUAAACUAUCUUACGAGUCAUAUUAUUUACCUUUUAAUAGUGUUUAUUCUACGCAUAUAAAGAAGAAUAUUCUAUUUGGUAUGUUAAUUCGUACUAUUAAAUAUUGUUCAAUAUUCGAAGCAUAUUUUAAUGAACUUGAAAAAUUAAGAAUGAUUUUUUUAUUAAAUAAAUAUCCUGGCGAAUUUAUAGAGAAACAAUUUAGCUAUGUAUUUCAAAAAUAUAAUAUUAAUCAACCAUUAUCGACAAGAAAUUAUAAUACAUUGCGAGAGAAGAUGAUCUAUGUAGAUAUGAAAGAAAAAUUCCAAUUGAUUAUGGUAAAACAAUGUUCGUUCAUUUUACGUAUUGUUUAA